CUUUCCCAUUCUCCCUUUGCCAGGUAGGAGAAGGGUGACCUGGCAUGGAAAAGGAGGCAGCGGUAGCUGUAGUAUUGACCCCUGUCCUUUAAAAUUCCUACGCCAGCACAAUUUCCCAGAAGCUUUCUAGGUGUCCUCAGACUUCACCCCUUUUGUCUUCAGCUUCUGGUUUCUGACUGUACCGUUUAAAUCUCGCGCGCUUUACAAGGAUUGGCUACAUUCGCGGGUGGUUGGCCGUCUCCGCGCUACCCCUCCUUCUCGCCUUUUCUCCCCGGGCAAAAGGUUUUCAAAUUCGACCAAUCAACGGGCGCGCUACCUCAGUAGAGGCGCGACACCCAAGGGUUAAUCGCAACCAAUCGGAGGAGGGUACUGGAGAAAAUAGCCAAUCAGGAGGGUGCGGAGGUGUGUCCUGGGGGUUAUAAAGACGGCCUCUCGGCGCGCGCGCGCACGACAGUAGUUGGACUGCGGAGGGUGUUUGUCGUGCUGUCUCUGAGCCGUUGCGCUUCACCGGUCUACCUCGCUAGCAUGUCGGGCCGCGGCAAGACUGGCGGCAAGGCCCGCGCCAAAGCCAAGUCGCGCUCGUCGCGUGCCGGCCUCCAGUUCCCCGUGGGCCGCGUACACCGGCUGCUGCGGAAGGGCCACUACGCCGAGCGCGUUGGCGCCGGCGCGCCAGUGUACCUGGCGGCAGUGUUGGAGUACCUCACCGCUGAGAUCCUGGAGCUGGCGGGCAAUGCGGCCCGCGACAACAAGAAGACGCGGAUCAUCCCCCGCCACCUGCAGCUGGCCAUCCGCAACGACGAGGAGCUCAACAAACUGCUGGGCGGCGUAACGAUCGCCCAGGGAGGCGUUCUGCCCAACAUCCAGGCCGUGCUGCUGCCCAAGAAGACCAGCGCCACCGUGGGGCCGAAGGCGCCCUCGGGCGGCAAGAAGGCCACCCAGGCCUCACAGGAGUACUAAGAGGGCCCGCGUCGCGGCCGGCCGCCAGGCCUCCCCAUGCCACCACAAAGGCCCUUUUAAGGGCCACCACCGCCCUCACGGAAAGAGCUGAGCCACUUCAAACUGCGGAGCAAGCGGGCCGCGGCUCUCGCCUCCCUUCCCCUCCCCUCGCCCGCCGCCCGGCCUGGAGUCCCCGUCCGCCCCCGCUCCUGGCCCGCACCCCCUGCCGCGUCGGCCUCGGGCCCUGCCAAGUCCGCCGGCCGGUCUCCGGUAGGGCUGGGGCGCUCUUCGGUGACCGCCGUGGUGCGGAGGACCCGAGCCUGCCGGGGGGAGACCGGCGACGCAGCACCUGCCCGCCUCGGCGCUCGUGACUCAGCCGCCCCAUCCUGAGUCGCUGAGGGGCUGCGGGGAGGCCGCAGCACCUUCUGGAAGACUUAGCCUUCCUCUCUGACGCAGGGCCGAGGUGGGCAGCCCAGGCCGAGAGGCCGGCGGCCCUGAAGGUGAGUGAGUCCCUCGGCAGCUGCAGCCGGGGCAUCUGGUCCUCCCCCGUCGUGGUGCUUAGCCCAGGACUUCCAGACGUGGCCGCUGGCCUGGAGGCUUUGGAGGGAGAGAUACGCUCGCUGAUUUCCGUCUGGCGCCCCCUCUGCGGCCAGGACUCAGGCUUUUCACGUCAGAUCUCCAUCUUCAUUCAUAGGUCUGCCCUGGGGCCGGGACGAAACACUUGGUAACAGGCACAUCUUCCUCCCGAGUGACUGCCUCCUAGGAGGACAUUUGGGGGAGGGUAGAGGUCUGCAGUUCGGCUUCACGGCUGGCUAUGUGGACAGCAAGAGUCGUUUUCGCAGAAGCCAACUGGCAGCCAGGCCUGUCAGGCCUCCCCACGCUGCCCCAUUUCCCUUCCAGCAAACUCGACUCGGCAAUCCAAGCACCUAGAUACCAGCACAAGUUGGUUAAUCCCUUUCUGGACUGAGCCUCUGUUGGCUUCCGAACUGGAAUUUUGCAGCUAACCCUUCCAAGACUAGAACCUGAGGCAUUGGGGAGUUUUAGAUGGACUAAUUUUAUUAAAGGAUUGUUUCUUUUUUAAA